AGAGGGAGGCGGAGAAGGAAGAGACCGACUUCUCUGGAAGCUUGGUUAGGUGGCUCAGUGGCUAAGACAUUGAGUUUCUAGAUCAGAAAGGACGGCAGUUCGGGAGUUGGAAUCCCUAGUAUAGGUCUCCUGUGUGAGUAGGGGAUUGGACUACAUGACCUCCAAAGUCCCUUCCAACUCUGUUACUGAGUCCCAUGGUCCCCUGCUGCCCUCCCCAUGCAGGGAACAUGGGGGAUGCCGGUGGGGAUCCAGAGAUCCCUUCCCGCCCCAUGUCCAGGGAAGUGACCAAGUGGGGGAAGAGGAGGGUCGGCUUUGCAGAGGCCCAGCAGGAGAGAAGAGAAGCCGGAUACAGAAGCUGGAAGCCAUUUGAAGUCCUUCCAAGGAUUUUUCUUGGGGGGGAAAAGAGCAGAAUAACUUGCAGCGAUCAGUCCUGCAGCACCAGAAAUGGUUCUGUGAAGGAAAAGGCAUCUGGAGACCCACCAGAGUCCUUGGAGCCAUUUGGAGUUGUUCUGCAGGACAGAGAAAGGAUGGAGACACAACCUUUUGGAAAGGAGGGAAGUGGAAAAGAUCCUUCAGCUGUUCAGCCUGGGAAAGCGGGGAAGCUCUGGACAAGGACUGGGCAGGAGAUCCUGGAGGAAACUAUCCUCCCUUCAGAAGUUCAGCCCUGGAAUUUCAUCCAAUGCCAGGAGGCUGAAGGUCCUCGAAGAUUUUGCAGCCACCUCCAUCACUUUAGUAGGCGAUGGUUGAGAUCAGAAAAGUACACCAAAGCCCAGAUGCUGGACCUGGUGGUUCUGGAGCAGUUCCUGGCUCUUCUGCCCCCAGAGAUGGAGAGCUGGGUGCGGGAGUAUGGAGCAGAGACCAGCUCCCAGGCAGUGGCCCUGGUGGAAGGCUUCCUCCUGAGCCAGGCGGAGGAGCAGAAGGAGCAGGUCGAGUUGCAGUGCUGCACUAUGGAGAUCAGAGAUCCUGAGAGAAAGAAGAAUCCAUCAAAUCCCUCUCAGGAGCUAUUGUUCAGGAGGAUCCCUUGGGAAGAUCAAACUCAGGACACCUCAGGAGAGAAACAAAGAAUGAAACAUUCUGGUUUUUAUGAUGACGAUCAAACAGCGGUUGAACCUCUAAAUCAAGAGAGUUUUGUGUCCUUCGAGGAGGUGGCUGUGUAUUUCUCUGAGGAGGAAUGGUCUCAGCUGGAUCCUGACCAAAAAGCCCUGUAUUCGGAAGUCAUGCUUGAAAACUAUAGGAAUGUGGUCUCUCUGGGUAAUAAUGGGCAGGAGAAUCAAGAUUCCUGUGAACUGUUCAAAGUGAUCAAUGCUAAAGAUGGAACGGAGAAGUUUGGAAUUCAAAUGGAACUAGAAACUCAUAAUAGAAAACAGUCAAAUGAUUGGAAUCAGGAAAGCUCAUCUUUCACUGAUGCUCCGAUACAAGACUUUCUUGCCCAAGAGGAGAAAAGAAGGAAAAAAUAUAUUGGGAAAAGUGUGAAGCCAAUCAAAGCGAAAUUACAAGUAAAAGAACAUUAUUUAAGCGAAAACAAAGGAGAAGAUGCUAUAAAAUGCAGAGAGUCGGGUAACAGGUUCAGAAGAUAUAGUAAUCUUAUUUUCCAUAAAAGGAUCCACUCAGGUGAUAAACCGUAUAAAUGCAUGGAAUGUGGAAAGACUUUUGCUCUGCAUAGUACACUUACUACCCACAAAAAGAUCCACACAGGGGAGAAGCCAUUUAAAUGCAUGGAAUGUGGAAAGGCCUUUGCUCAAAAAAGUACUCUUAUUUCCCAUAAGGUGAUCCACACAGGGAAGAAGCCAUAUAAAUGCAUGGAAUGUGGAAAGACGUUUACUCAGAGCAAUGGGCUUACUAUCCACAAAAAGAUCCACACAGGGGAGAAACCAUAUAAAUGCAUGGAGUGUGGAAAGACCUUUGCUCAGAGCAGUGGACUUACUAUCCACAAAAUGAUCCACACAGGAGAAAAGCCAUUUAAAUGCAUGGAGUGUGGAAAGACCUUUGCUCAAAGAGGUAAUCUUAUUCGCCAUAAAAUGAUCCACACAGGUGAGAAGCCGUAUAAAUGCAUGGAGUGUGGGAAGACCUUUGCUCAAAGUGUUCAUCUUAUUUCCCAUACGAAGAUCCACACAGGGGAGAAGCCGUAUAAAUGCAUAGAAUGUGGAAAGACUUUUGCUCAUUGCAGUUACCUAAGAAUACACCAAAAGAUCCACACAGGAGAGAAUUCAUUUAAAUGUAUGGAAUGUGGAAAGACAUUUGCUCAUACCAAUGACUUAAGAAUACACAAAAAGAUCCACACAGAGGAGAAGCCAUUUAAAUGCAUGGAAUGUGGAAAGACCUUUGCUUAUAGUAGUCGACUUACUAUCCACAAAAAGAUCCACACAGGAGAGAAAGCAUAUAAAUGCAUGGAGUGUGGAAAGACCUUUGCUCAGAGCAGUGGACUUACUAUCCACAAAAAGAUCCACACAGGAGAGAAACCAUAUAAAUGCAUGGAAUGUGGAAAGACCUUUGCUCAAAGAGGUCAUAUUAUUUUACAUAAGAUGAUCCAUACAGGGGAGAAGCCAUAUAAAUGCAUGGAAUGUGGAAAGACCUUUGCUCGAAGAUAUCAUCUUAAUUGCCAUAAGAUGAGCCACACAGGGGAGAAACCGUAUAAAUGCAUGAAUUGUGGAAAGACAUUUGCUCGGAAGUAUGGUCUUACUUGCCAUAAUAAAAUCCACAUAGGAGAGAAACCAUAUAAAUGCAUGGAAUGUGGAAAAAGCUUUAAACCAUAUAACUUCCUUACAUCUCCAAAAGUGAUUGACACAAAAGAGAAGCCCUAUGAAUGUUUGGAAUGUGGAAAAUGUUUUCGAACAAGCAGGCAACUUACUUCCCAUGAAAGGAUUCACACUGGGGAGAAGAUAUACAAAUGCAGAGUGUGUGGUAACAGGUUCAGAACAUGUAGUAAUCUCAUUUCCCAUAAAAGGGUCCACUCAGGAGAGAAACCAUAUAAAUGCAUGGAAUGUGGAAAGACCUUUGCUCAAAGAGGUAAUCUUAUUUCCCAUGAGAUCAUCCACACAGGAGAGAAACCAUAUAAAUGUAAGGAGUGUGAAAAGACCUUUGCUCAUAGCAGUGGACUUGCUAUUCACAAAAGGCUCCACACAGGAGAGAAACCAUAUAAAUGCAUGGAGUGUGAAAAGACCUUUGCAAACAGCAGUUAUCUUGCUUCCCAUAAAAAGAUCCACACAGGAGACAAGCCGUAUAAAUGCACGGAGUGUGAAAAGACCUUUGCUCAAAGAAGUAAUCUCAUUUCCCAUAAAAACAUCCACACAGGGGAAAAGUCAUUUAAUUGCAUGGAGUGUGGAAAGACCUUUGCUCGAAGAGAUCAUCUUAUUUCCCAUAAGAUGAUCCACACAGGGGAGAAGCCAUAUAAAUGCAUGGAAUGUGGAAGGACCUUUGCUCGAAGAGAUCAUCUUAUCUCCCAUAAGAUGAUCCACACAGGAGAGAAACCAUAUAAAUGUAAGGAGUGUGGAAAGACCUUUACUCAUAGCAGUGGACUUACUGUCCACAAAAAGCUCCACACAGGAGAGAAACCAUAUAAGUGCAUGGAGUGUGGAAAGAGCUUUGCUCAAAGUGGUAAUCUUAUUUCCCAUAAGAUGAUCCACACAGGAGAGAAACCAUAUAAAUGCAUGGAGUGUGGAAAGACCUUUACUCAUAGCAGUGGACUUACUAUCCACAAAAAACUCCACACAGGAGAGAAACCGUAUAAAUGCAUGGAGUGUGGAAACAGCUUUGCUCAUAGCAGUGGACUCAGAAGACACAAAACGAUACACACAGGGGAGAAACCAUAUAAAUGCAUAGAGUGUGGAAAGACCUUUGCUCUGAGCAGUAGACUUACUAUCCACAAAAAGAUCCACACAGGGGAAAAGCUAUUUAAAUGCAUGGAAUGUGGAAAGACCUUUGCUCAGAGCAGUGGACUCAGAAGACACAAAACGAUACACACAGGAGAGAAACCAUAUAAAUGCAUGGAGUGUGAAAAGACCUUUGCACAACGCAGUUAUCUUGCUUCCCAUAAGAUGAUCCACACAGGAGAGAAACCAUAUAAAUGCAUUGAGUGUGGAAAGACCUUUGCUCAACGCAGUUAUCUUGCUUCCCAUAAAAAGAUCCACACAGGAGAAAAGCCCUAUAAAUGCAUGGAGUGUGGAAAGACCUUUGUUCUGAGCAGUGGACUUACUGUCCACAAAAAGAUCCACACAGGGGAGAAGCCAUUUAAAUGCUUGGAGUGUGGAAAGACCUUUGCUCGAAGAGGUCAUCUUAUUUCACAUAAGAUGAUUCAUGCAGCGGAGAAGCCGUAUAAAUGCAUGCAGUGUGGGAAAACCUUUACUCAUAACAGUGAACUUACCAUUCACAAAUUGCUCCAUACAGGAGAAAAAUCAGAUAAUUGCAUAGAGUGUGGAAAGACCUUUGUUCUGAGCAAUAGACUUAGUAUCCACAAAAAGAUCCACACAGAAGAGAAACCAUAUAACUGCAUGGCGUGUGUAAAGACCUUUGUUCUGAGGAGUAGGCUUAGUAUGCACAAAAAGAUCCACACAGGGGAGAAGCCAUAUAAAUGCAUGGAAUGUGGAAAGACCUUUGCUCAGAAUGGUAAUCUUAUUUCUCAUAAAAGUAUCCAUGCUCAGGAGAAAAUAUAUAGCAAUAGCAAUUCUACUUAGACUUAUAUGCCACUCUACAAUGCUUUACAGUACUCUCUGAGCAGUUUACAAAGUCAGCAUAUGGUCCCCAGCAAUCUGGGUUCUCAUUUUAGCGACUUUAGAAGGAUGAAAGGCUGAAUCAACCAUGAGGCAGUCAGGAUCAAACUGCUGGCUCUGGCAAUUAGCCUGUAGUACUGCAUUCUAACCUCUGACUCACCAUAUCUCUCUAUAUAUUUUAUGUGUAAGCAUAUUGUGCCUUUCUGAUUCAAAUGUGACAAGAUGGAAUCCAACGAAAUGAAAUUUAAUUUGGAGAAAAGUAAGAUUUUGUACCUGGGCAGGAAAAACAGAUUACAUGAAACAUGGCUCAAAAACAUUAACUGUCAGAGGGACCUUGGAGUCCGAAUGGAUGAUCACUUAAACAUGAGUCACCUGGGUGUCGCAGCAGCCAAAAAAGCGAAUACAAUGCUUGGUUGUAUAAACAGAGGCAUAGCAUCAAAAUCAUAUGAAGCAUUACUAUCGCUUUAUAAAGCCUUAGUAAGACCACAUCGUGAAUACCACAUCCAGUUUUGGUCAUCACAUUACAAAAAAGAUGUUGAGACUUUGGAAAAAUGCAAAGAAGAGCAGCUAAGCUCUUCUAAAGGCCUGAGGACUAAAACAAGGAUGGUUGCAGGAUUUGAGUUUGGCUAGUCGAGAGAACAGGAUUAGGAGUGACAUGAUAGCAGUAUUCCAGUAUUUGAGAGGCUGCCUUAAAGAGUAGGGGGUCAAUUUUUUCCCCCCGAAGCACCAGAGUACAAGACAAGAAACAAUGGAUGGAAACCAAUCAAAGAGAGAAGCAGCCUGGAAUUUCCUUAUAGAAAGGACAGUUAACCACUGGAACAGCUUGCCUUCAGAUAGCUUGGGUGCAUCAUCAGUGGACAUGUUUAAGAAGAGACUGGACACUUACUUGUUUUAAAUGAUAUAGGAUCUGCUUGUGCUAGAUUAGAAGAACUCCAGGUUCCCUUCCAGCUCUAUUCUGAUUUUGAUUCUGAAUCCUCAAUCUUUUUUUGUGCUGUUUUGCUAAGUAGGAAAUUUUAAAGGAAACAUGAGCAUCAGUGGAGAUUAAGGUUAUCAUUUGGCCUGAAAGUGAUGUGUGGCUGCCAAUAUUUAAAUGGUGGAGAUUCAUCAAUCAUUGCAAGAAACUCCCUCUGAUGUAACUCCCUCUGAUGAGCUUACUAUUGUUGAAAUCUGCCUUUCCACCCUGCCUUUCCACCCUGCUUCACAUUGUGUAAUGCAAGUAAUAACUGAGAAAGAAAACCAUAAGGAGAAGGGAGUUGUAGUGAUGCUGAAUUAAAGAAUGGAACUCAUAGGCUCUUUGUCCUAACUUUGUGGUGAUCUUUCCUUGCCUUCCCUCAUGUUGCCUCUCUCUGGAUGCAAUCAUAUCAAUAUCUUUUUUUAAAAGUGAGGUCUCUAGAACUGGACACAGUAUUCCAAAUGGUGUCUCACUAAAGCCCUAUGUAGCAGGUUGGGACCUUCUUUUUCUUGAUGGUGAUAAGCAUUUUCUGGCGGCAGUGCUGCGAUCCCCUCCCCGAAUCCAAAAUGAGGCGUACAGCCGGCGCUGCGACCUGAAAAUGCUUUCCUCUCUGGUUCCCGAUGCACAUUGCAGGAAGAAAGAGAAGGUGAGUCUGCUGAGAAGGAGGUUUUGGAUGCUCUAGUUAGCAGUACAAUAUUACCUGAGAAAAAGCUACGCAAGAUUAGGUUAACAACUCUUAAUGCCUUUUUGGCAAUGUUGUUACAGUGGGCUCUGUGACUUAGAUCAUUAGAGAUGAAUACAAUGUCCUUGACAGAGUGAGGGUCAUCUACAAGGUCGUGUCCACCUAGUUUGUAUUUUGUGUUCUGAUUUUUUUUGCCAAUGUGCAAGAGACAGAGCAUUUGUGGUUGAGAUUUGAAGUUGCCAAUUGUUUGACCAUUCUGAUAGAUAGUCAAGGUCUUUUUGAAGGGUAGCAGCAUUGUCGGUGGUAUUGAAUAGUUUUACAUCAUCAGUGAAGAACGCAGUUGCUUAUAAUAUGAUCGCAAAAGUCAUUUAUAUAAAGUAUAAAGUGUGUUGGUCCUAAAACGCUGCCUUGGGGGACACAGCUGUCACCCAAGGUGCUGGAUUUGGAAGGGCGCUCCCUAUUUGGACCACUUGUUGCCUUUUUGACAGGAAUGCAGCUAUCCAAUUAUGCAGGGGUCCAGAAAUGCCAUAAGAUUUUAGUUUUAGAAAUAGUUUAUCAUGUACCACUGAAUCAAAGGCUUUACAGAAGUCUAUGUAAAUUGUGUCUAUUGCUUUGCCCUGAUCUAGUUGUGUAGUCCAUAUGUUUUUGCAGUGUAGGAGUUACAGAUUACAGGAUAAUUUUUUCCUGAAACCAAAUUGUUUGUUAGAGAGUAGGUUGUUUGUCUCUAAGUGGAGGAUAAUGGAUUGGUUUAUGAUUGAUUCCAUGACUUUGCAGGUGACGCAACAUAAAGAGAUUGGUCUGUAAUUUUCAACUAGGCUGCGGUCUCCCUUUUUGAAGAUAGGGAUGACUGUGGCUAGUGCCCAUAGGUUGGGCAAGGAGUUGGUCAUGAAAGAUUUUUCAAAGAUUAUGCUUAGAGGUUCUGCUAUGGCAGUGGAAAGCUUUUUUAAGAAGUGGGCACAUAGUCCAUCAGGUCCAAUAGACAGAGAUGGUUUUAGACUGCAUAGUGCAUUUUCAACGUUGUCUUCUGUAAAAUCGAUAUGUAUUAGAUCAUUGUUAAUUAUUUGUGGUACAACUAGGAAAUGUUGGGCAUAAGCCAUUGCUGUUUACAAAGAUUGAGCUGAAGAAUGUGUUAAAGAGGUUGGCUUUAAUGGCUUCAUCAUUACAGUCUUUACCGUUAGGGUGGGAUAGAUCUUUAGUCUUUAAGUUUGUUAUUUACAAAAUUAGAGAAGGCACGGAAGGUUUUAAGGUUAUCAUUUGCCCUGAAAGUGAUGUCUGGAUGUCAAUAUUUAAGUGGAGCAGAUUCCCUAAGCGUUUCAAGAACCUUCUGAUGAGUAUAUCCAUUAGGCAGAAAUGCAUUAGUCCUGAAUCCCUUACUAUUGUUUCAGCUUUUCUUACUUUGCUUACUAUUAUCACAGUCUGCCUUUCCAUCCUGCUUCACAUUAUGUAACCCAAGUAAUAACUGAGAAAGAAAACCAUAAGGAGAACAGGGUUAUAGUAAUGCUGAAUUAGAAAAUGCAACUCAUAGGCUCCUUGUUCUAAUUUUGUAGUGAUCUUUCCUUGCCUUCCCUCGUGUUGCCCAUCUCUGGACUCACACAAUCUUAUCAAUAUCUUGUUUUAAGUGAGGUCUCCAGAACUGGACACAGUAUUCCAAAUGGAGUCUUACUAAAGCCCUAUGUAGAGGGAUAGGACCUCCUUUUUGCUGAUGGUGGUACAUCUGGUGAUGCAUCCCAGAAUGUUAUUUGCCGUCACAGCUGCUUGACCACACUGUUUACUUUUUUUGGAAUUAUCAUUUUUUCAGUGCCAGUGUAAGUUUUUUCACAGAGUUGUGUAAAAAAAGUGCUGCUUGAACUCAUUUGUUAAAACACAGAAUAAUUCUAGACACCUUUAUAUCUGUUCCAACCUUCCUCCACACAGGGAGCGUGAAAGCCAGUGGUGGAUUGCUACUGGUUCACCCCAGUUUGGGCAAACUGGUGGUAACGGCGGAUGGAGGCUCUGCCCACCCGCCCAGACGUCAUCAAAAAUGCUCUGCACGUGUGAGCGAACUGGUAGCAAAGGUAAGCGAAACCCACCACUGGUUAAAGCAAGUAGUGUCAACUCUCAAAACGACUCUAGCUGAGGCCAUAUUUAUCUUGCUUCGUUUCUUAGUUGCCAUACUUAAGUGGGGGGGAGGGGAAAUGUAUGGAAUGUAGAAUGUCUUCCUCCAACGUGCCGGAUAUAAGAACGAUAAGGUUCCUGAGAACCAAGGCCAAAUCAGUGUGCCCAAUAAUGGCAAGAGGGAGUGCUGAGAAGUUCAUCAUCUUCUUUGGCGAACAUGACCUGUGACAUGAGGUGGGUGGACAAUAUAUAUUCUUUACUUAUACCCAAAAUGUGACAAUUAUUAAAUUUUGCUUUCACAUUUGACCGUGCAGAUAUGAUGUACCAAUAAACCUGAUUUUUGAGGAA